CGCAACGACAAGGCGGACAUGAGUUCGAUUUUCGUAAAGCCUUGUGGACUGACUCACUCCUCUCUAUCCCAUUCCUCCAUACCACCUUCUUUCUGCUCCUUGAAGCUAAACGGAUUUCACAGAAUCUUCAUACAUAUGAUGAUUACCUGGUAUGAUUACCACAAUUAAAACACCUUACAAGUUCUCCCAAAUUUUCAGAAUUGAUGGCAGUGAGUCAGAAACGUUCAUGGCAUAGUGGGUUGGUAGUUUGCCCGUGUUGAUUAGAGAGCUCCUGCAAAAAGGCGACAGGUGUUCGUUGGUGAUCUGUGCACACAAGGGAAAGGUAGUGAGUGCCUGACUCUGCACCUCUUGUUGAAGUUGGAAUAUACAUAUUGUGUAUGUAUCAUAUUUCAGGUAUAUAGGGAGGGAGAGUUGGGGGAGGAGGCUCGGAAGUGGGUGUGACAAGGGUUGAUUGAGGGAGAUUAAGAGUGGGCUAUGCAUAUGAGAGAAGCAGAGACAGAGGCAGCAUGAGUUCCCAUAUAUCAGACGGGGAGACCGAGUAUAUUUGGAGAUAUCACAAGCAUGAGAUGCGGGAGAACCAGUGCAGUUCUGUUCUUUCCAAACAAAUCAAAGCGCCUCUUCAUGUGGUAUGGUCGUUAGUGAGAAGAUUUGAUCAGCCACAGAAGUAUAAACCUUUUGUGCAGAGCUGUACCAUUCAAGGGGACAACACUGUAGGCAGCAUACGGGAAGUGAGUGUGAAAUCUGGUCUCCCUGCUACAACAAGUACGGAACGACUGGAAAUCCUGGAUGAUGAGCAACAUAUUUUCAGUGUUAAAAUCCUUGGAGGAGAUCAUCGAUUGAAGAAUUAUUGGUCAAAAAUCACCCUGCAUCCUGAGGUUAUUGACGGAAGGUCAGGCACAAUGGUAUUGGAGUCCUAUGUAGUUGAUAUUCCUGAAGGGAACACUAAGGAUGAAACUCGCUAUUUCAUUGAAGCAUUGAUAAAAUGCAAUUUGAAAUCCCUUGCAGACGUUUCUGAGAAAUUGGCCUUCCAAUAUCAUACAGAAUUUCUUGACAGAUGAUUUCUUCAGGAGUUUUUGUGGGAAGAUUUUGUUGAGGUGGAAAAACAGACAACUAAACUCCAAGGGCUUUGGAUGUUUUUACAGAGAGGCUGUAGACGAAGAGAAAGGAUCUUAUGUUUGUAUGUUUUACUCCUUCAUAUAUAUUAUAUUUCAAAUCAAUAUUGAUGCUAGUGUCAUCCAUUAGGGAUGCUUUGAACUGGUACAGAUCUUUAAGCGAGCCUUUUGGCCAUUGAUGAGAUUGAGAAGAAAAAGUGAAAAAACAUUUGAGAAUUAAAUAAUCUACAAUGGCCCUAUGAGGAGGAAGGUAGGUUAUACACAUAGCAUUGACCCAAACAACAAAAAUGGAGAAUUUUAAGAGAGAUCUAUUUCAUGUGUUGCUUUUCAGGAUUACUGUAUAAACUGUAAAAAUGGGUGUUUGUGAGUCAAUGACAAGCGUUCUUAUUUUUGUAUCUUAUAUUUACAUAUAUGAUUAUGAUACAGUGGCUAGCUUCU